CAAUUUUGUCCAUAUAAACUUCUUUUAAAACAUUUCUCUCUCCUUUCAAAGUCACCCAAGAAUUUAGUGCAGAGGAUUCAAACCCCAACUUCCAACAACCCACACUUUCACAUGUAAAGUCUAUAAACCUCUUUACAUCUCAGCCACGUUGACGCGAUAUCGUAUCUUAACUGCUGAAGCUGCCAAAUUAAAGACAUCUCUUCCUAAAUACUUUCAAAGUCUAUCAACAAGUCAAUUUAAUCACCAGCAUUUUCCUCACCGCCCUCCGCUUAUCUCUCCUUCCAUUUCAGCUUAACCUUGGCUUAGCUUGUUUGCAUGUUUCAGACUUGAGAUAUGGCUUCCACCUUUCUCUGUGCUCCGCUUGCCAUCUUGCUUGCUAUUCAGUCUGUCUCUGCUGAUCCAUUGGGCAGCUUACUUGCUCCUAUCUUCUCUCCAAUCUUGGAUGAUGUGUGCAAACAAGUAGAAUGUGGAAAAGGGACGUGCAAGCCUUCUAGCAACAGCACUUUCCUUUUUGAAUGUGAAUGUGAACCUGGGUGGAAGCAGACUUCUUCUAAUCACACUGAUCACCUCAAGUUUCUCCCUUGCGUGAUUCCCCAAUGUAAUCUGAAUUACUCCUGCACCAAAACGCCAGCCCCUGAACCAAGCAAAGCCAAUGAUUCAUCAAUCUUUGAUCCUUGCUUUUGGAGUUAUUGUGGACGUGGAUCAUGCAACAAGACAUCAAAAUUCACAUACAACUGCGAAUGUGCAGAAGGUUAUUAUAAUCUUCUAAAUGUCACUGCCCUCCCUUGCUUUGAAGAUUGUGCAAUCGGGAUGGAUUGUGCAAACCUUGGGAUUUCAGUGUCAAAUAAAUCUGCUGCUUCAGCACCACCAUUAGCUGACAAUGCAAAGAAUCAAGCUAGCUCAAUGGUACAAGUAAACUCUCCUACAUUGGUGAUCCUGAUGCUGUUUGCUGCUAUGCUUCAUUGGAAAUAGAGAAUUAGUUGUUCCAGGCUGUUUUUCGCACCACACCUUUGAACCCGUGGUUGAUUGCUGCGGUAUUUAUUUGAUAUCUGCUGACAGAUUUAGUUAGCUCUCACGUUUGGAUAUAGAUUUUCCGGUCAGAUGAAUAAGUUACAAGAUGUAUUCAGGGAGGUGCUGAUCUCAUUCCUAAACUCAUUUUUCACACAUAGAUAGAGUGAAGAAGACUUUUGUUUGUUUUGUACAUAAUUGAUAACCCUGCUGUUGCUGGCUACUGGAAUAAGAGACAUAAGUUCAUGUUUACACUUGGGUUUUUGAACUUC